AAGCGGUCCAGCAGCGGUCACACUUCCAACCGGCAGCUAAAAAGUUUAUAACAUAUUCCGCCUAUGGCCCGAAUUCGUUCAAGCCACUGGACUUCUGUAUAAAAGCGGCUCCAAAUGGUGAAUAUAUCCACCAUAAACUGGGUCUUCGUCUGCGGCCUGUGCUUCUGCCUGGGCGGGAUUGCGGUGCUCAGUUUCAUGCCAUUGGGAUCAGACUGCGUGUGCCCGCUGUCCAAUCCACUGGCCAAGCUUGGCGGUGCGGGCGAAGGAGUAACCGUGAUAAAGAAAGAGCCAGCGGAUGUAAAGCAACCACAGCCUCAUGACCAUGGUGCGUCUGUGCACAAGAUGGCACUGCUGGUGCCGUUUCGGGACCGUUUUGAGGAACUCCUCCAGUUCGUGCCGCACAUGACAGCCUUUUUGAAGCGACAGGACGUGGCCCACCACAUCUUUGUGCUGAACCAGGUGGACAGGUUCCGCUUCAACCGUGCCUCCCUCAUCAACGUGGGCUUCCAGUUUGCCAGCGAUGUGUACGAUUACAUUGCCAUGCACGACGUGGACUUGUUGCCCUUGAAUGACAAUCUACACUAUGAAUAUCCCAGCAGCUUGGGACCACUGCACAUCGCCGGGCCCAAGCUGCAUCCCAAAUACCACUACGACAACUUCGUCGGUGGGAUCUUGCUGGUGCGACGGGAGCACUUUAAGCAGAUGAACGGCAUGUCCAACCAGUACUGGGGCUGGGGACUGGAGGACGACGAGUUUUUUGUGCGCAUCCGGGAUGCAGGACUACAGGUGACGCGGCCGCAGAACAUUAAGACUGGCACUAAUGAUACAUUCAGCCAUAUUCACAACCGCUAUCAUCGUAAGCGGGACACCCAGAAGUGCUUCAACCAGAAGGAGAUGACCCGCAAGCGGGACCAUAACACGGGCCUGAACAACGUGAAGUACAAAAUACUCAAGGUGCAUGAGAUGCUCAUUGACCAGGUGCCGGUGACCAUCCUCAACAUUUUGCUCGAUUGUGAUGUUAAUAAAACGCCUUGGUGCGACUGCUCCGGAACGGCAGCGGCUGCAUCGGCGGUACAAACCUGAUGGGUUGUGUUAAACCAAA